UACAAACACAGCCUGUUUACGAGUGCUAUCGAGAAAGUCAACAGUAUAAAAAUGGCCUCUUUUUGCUCUAAUGUUUCUUUGUAAGGUCGAAUAGGAGGUGGUGUUACGCAGUGAAUGUAAAAAAUGAAUGGCAAGAUAAUAUUAGUUCUUUAUGCCUUAUGUGUCAUUACCAACGCUCAAUCAAAUGUGAAGACUACAGUUGAUCACAGCCCGUACUGUGAAGGACUGGCCAAAAUUACCAACCUCUGUAAUGAAGUGUUUAUACACAUGAUGUGCCCACGAACUUGUCAAAUGGAAGACAGGAUUAAAAAGCAAUGCGGGCAUCGAAAGUUUGGUGAUACAGGUACAUUUGAAUCAAAAAGAAAGAAAAGAUUCGACCAGCAGGAAGAAGACUUGAAUCCGCUUCACCAACGUGUUCGACGCAUUGUUGGUGGCAAAGAAAGUGUUAAAGGCGCUUGGCCAUGGCAUGUCGGUUUGUAUUAUAAUGGUGAAUUGCAUUGUGGUGGAGCAAUCAUUUCUCCAGACUGGGUAGUAACAGCUGCUCACUGCUUCGAUAAGGACUCGUCUUCGUAUAAUGAAAAAGACUGGUUUGUCAUGGUUGGUGAACAUAAUCAAUUUUUGAAAGAAGGGACAGAAAAACGACAUAACGUCAAGAAAAUUAUUGUUCACGAAAGAAACUACAAAUACUGGAAAGUUGGAUAUAAAAAUGUGCCAGAUGACUACGACGUGGCGCUAUUGAAACUUUCCACGCCAAUAAAUUAUACUGAGUACGUCUCACCGGUUUGCUUGACGGGUUUGAAUACAGUCUUCAAUUCUCACACUGAAUGCAAGAUCAUGGGAUGGGGUGCAAAAACUUCAAAUGGAGCCACAGAAAAUAAACUACAAGAAGCCACCGUGAAAAUCAUACCACGAGACAUUUGUAACUUGCCUGUUUCGUAUAAUGGUAAAGUGCACGAGAGAGCCAUCUGUGCUGGUUUCAAAUCAGGAAAAGCUGAUGCAUGUAGAUAUGAUUCGGGAGGUUCUAUGUCUUGUAAAAAUGGAAAUUACUGGAUUGCAGUUGGUUUGGUAUCAAGUGGUUUCCAAUGUGGUACACCUAAUUAUUACGGCGUCUACACGAAUCUACCGCUCAUGAAAAGCUGGAUAAUUGAGACUCUUUUAAGUUAUGACGACGACACUAACUCGAUUAUAACAAUCUUUGAACGCAUUUCAUCUAUAAACGCGAAACGAGAGAUGAACAGAACUGGUGAGGUCAAAACUGGUGAACAUCAACGACCAUAUUAUUAUUAAGUAAUCGCUUUGCACUUUAUCUGUAAUUUCAUUGGUUCGUUUAAAAUUGAAAAUGUUGAACUUUGCACUAGUAUAA